AUGUCGCUCAAUCAUUCGGUGUCUCUCGGACAUCUGUCGGAACUUUCAUCUAAACAUUCGGAAAGACUUCAACUGGUUGUGAGUUCCAUAAAUAGAAAAGUAUCAACAAUUGUCGGUUUUUCAGAUAGAAAACAAUACAUUUGUGAAGAGGCUUAACGAGUUCCAUAAGAUGGCCAGUUUUAUUGAAGUUUCGGUACGUUUUAUCGCAAUAUUUCCACGUUUCAUCACUCUGUAUUAGCUGAAAAAUCCGAUUCUCCACGACUGGGUGCAACUUUCCGACAUGCUCCAGGAAUGCCACGAUCAUGUCACCAAACUGACGUUCGAAGACUUCCCCUAUGCUAGGGACCCCGUUGCUAUGAUGGUAGGUUUUUGAAGCCGGAAACUCUAUUACGUCAUCUGAUUGCAGAAAGUAAACCAAAAAUUACAAAAUCUCCACGACACGGUUGCGACAAUGCAAGCCUUCAUCGACGGGAUGAUCGAAAAGUGA